AUGGCGGAGUCGAAGGGCCUGGUGCGCGACCUCGACAAGCUGGACGUCCAGCUCGACAACCUCGAGGACGCGCUGGGACCGCUCCUGGACGGCCUGGAUGAGCGUGCAUCGCAGCUGCCGCUCCUCGACCGGGCGAAGUUGUUUUCUCUAUCGGCAUACGCGAUCGAAUCUUUUGCUAACCGCGGCGGGCGCCGCUGCAUUGCAGCCUCACUUAAACUCCAGGGCACAGACGCGCAGAGCCACGCCGUCUUCACGGAGCUGAAGCGCGUGCAGCAGUACUUUGCCAAGAUCAAGGGCGUGGAGGAGCCGGAGCCGCAGGGCCAGCGGAGCACGACGGUGAACCAGGAGGCGGCAGCGCGGAUUCUCAAGGCGGACAACAAGGCGUUGGGCGCUAAGCUCGCCGAAAAGAUUGCCGAGGAGCGCGCCAAGGCGCUGCUCAAGUCGGUGGAGGGCGGCGGCGGCGGCGGCAAGAAGAACAAGAGGAGCGCGGACGACUCGGCGGCGUCGGCGGGCGAGGCGAGCGCGGAUCAGGGCGGCAAGAAGAAGAAGCACAAGCAGGGGAAGAAGAGCCGACGGUGA